CACUGAAACAAAACAAUAAUAAUGAUGAAACAUCCUCUGCACCCAGCACCCCAAAAAAGCAUAAUCAUCUCUCUCCAUCAAAACCUUCCUUCCCUUAAAUUUACAUCUCUUAACACCACACAAUUCUCAUUCUCUUCCAUCAUCCCCAUUCCCCAAUAGCCAUGAAACCUCUUUUUCUUAUUUUCUUUCUUCUCUAUUCCUCACCCUUACUUGUCUUCUCUGUUGAUCCUCCUUCUCCGCAACUCAUUUCUCUUCUAUCCAUUAAAUCUUCUCUUCACGAUCCUUACAAUACUUUCCAAGACUGGUACCUUUCUCCCUCCUCUAAGCCUAAUUCGCAAAACCCAGUUUGGUGUUCAUGGUCUGGUAUCAAAUGCAACGCCAAAACUUCUCAAAUCAUUUCGCUUGACCUCUCGCGCCGUUCGCUUUCGGGUGUUAUUCCUCCUCAAAUCAGCAACUUAACCAGCUUAAUCCACUUGAAUUUGAGUGCAAAUGACUUCGAUGGACCUCUCCAGUCGGUGAUUUUCGAGCUACCUGAGCUGAGAACAAUCGAUAUCAGUCACAACUACUUCAACUCUACUUUCCCACCUGGAAUCUCCAAGCUCAAGUCUUUGAGAAUCUUCAAUGCUUACAGUAACAAUUUCACUGGUCUACUACCCACAGAGUUUGUUCAGUUAAGGUUUCUCGAACAUCUCAACCUCGGAGGAAGCUACUUUAACGGAGAAAUUCCAGCUGAUUAUGGUAGUUUUCCAAGACUAAACUUUCUAGAUUUAGCUGGAAAUCUUUUAAAUGGAUCAUUGCCAGCCGAGUUAGGGUCCUUGACUCAACUCCAGAGGUUGGAGAUUGGAUACAAUAACUUAAUUCAAGGCGAGCUUCCAGUGGAGCUCGCAUUGCUGUCAAAUCUCAAGUACUUGGACAUCUCAAAUUGCGAUCUCUCAGGUUCUUUAAAACCUGAGCUUGGUAACUUGACUAAGCUUGAAAAGUUGUUGCUGUUCGGUAACCAUUUCAGCGGCGAAAUCCCGCUGAGCUACACCAACUUGAAAGCUUUACAAGUUCUCGAUUUAUCUAAUAAUCAACUCUCGGGCCCAAUCCCGGAAGGACUAUCUUCUUUAAAAGCACUAUCCAGGUUGAGUCUAAUGAACAAUGCGUUAACCGGCGACAUACCGGAAGGAAUCGGCGAGCUGCCAGAAUUAGACACGUUGUCUUUAUGGAACAAUUCAUUAACAGGAAUUCUUCCGCAAAAACUCGGCUCAAAUGGAAAGUUGCUCACAGUUGACGUGUCUUCAAACUCACUCACGGGAACAAUCCCACCAACUCUUUGUCAAGGCAACAGGUUAUUCAAACUCCUCCUUUUCUCCAACCGCUUCACAAAUAAUCUUCCAGGAAGCCUCGUCAACUGCACCACUCUGUCAAGAGUCCGAAUCCAAGAUAAUCAACUCAAUGGCUCCAUUCCGUAUGGUCUCGGUCUCUUGCCCAACUUAACCUUCAUGGAUUUGAGUAACAACUUCUUCAGUGGCGAAAUCCCUCAGGAUCUCGGCAAUGCACCGCGGCUCGAGUACUUAAACAUCUCUGACAAUUCCUUCCAAACAAGUUUGCCCAGUAACAUCUGGAGCGCGCCCAAUUUGAAGAUUUUAUCGGCAAGUUCAAGUCAACUUAUCGGAAAGAUUCCGGAUUUUAUCGGGUGUAAGAGUAUAUACAGGAUCGAGUUACAUAACAACUCCCUUAAUGGCAGCAUUCCUUGGGAUAUCGGCCACUGUGAGAAGCUUCUUUCAUUAAACUUAAGCAGAAAUUCGCUUACUGGUAUUAUUCCAUGGGAGAUUUCAACGCUUCCUUCAAUCACAGACGUUGAUCUUUCUCAUAAUCUUCUCACCGGUACUAUUCCUUCGAAUUUCGAAAACUGUAGCACGCUGGAGACUUUUAACGUGUCUUAUAAUUUGUUAACGGGACCGAUACCGGCUUCAGGUCCGAUAUUCCUAAAUCUUCAUCCCUCCUCAUUUGUUGGAAAUGACGGACUCUGUGGCCGAAUUUUAACCAAGCCGUGUCCCGCUGACACGUUGGAUGCAGCCAACAUGGCGGUACGUAAUCAUCAGCAGCAGCCGAAAAAGACGGCCGGGGCCAUCGUUUGGAUCAUGGCCGCCGCCUUCGGUAUUGGGCUGUUUGUUCUCGUCGCUGGGACCCGCUGCUUCCACGCAAAUUACAGCCGUAGGUUUAAUAAUGAUAGAGAAAUCGGACCGUGGAAAUUAACCGCCUUCCAGAGGUUAAAUUUCACGGCGGAUGACGUGUUGGAGUGUCUGUCUAUGACGGAUAAGAUUCUAGGGAUGGGGUCCACGGGUACUGUUUAUAAAGCUGAAAUGCCAGGUGGCGAGAUCAUAGCCGUGAAGAAGUUGUGGGGUAAACAUAAGGAGCAUAUCAGGCGGAGGAGAGGAGUGUUGGCUGAGGUGGACGUGUUAGGAAACGUGAGGCACAGAAACAUAGUGAGAUUGUUAGGGUGCUGCAGCAACAGGGAGUGCACGAUGCUGCUGUACGAGUACAUGCCCAACGGAAAUUUAGACGAUUUGUUGCACGGGAAAAACAAGGGAGAAAAUCUGGUUGCUGAUUGGGUAACGAGGUACAAGAUUGCACUGGGAGUGGCUCAGGGGAUUUGCUAUCUUCACCAUGACUGUGAUCCUGUCAUUGUUCACCGUGAUCUGAAACCCAGUAACAUUCUUCUGGACGGUGAGAUGGAGGCUCGAGUGGCCGAUUUCGGCGUGGCAAAGUUGAUCCAAAGUGAUGAGUCCAUGUCCGUCAUUGCCGGCUCCUAUGGCUACAUUGCGCCAGGUACAUAUGCUUACACACUUCAAGUUGAUGAGAAGAGUGUUUACAGCUACGGCGUCGUGUUAAUGGAGAUUUUAAGCGGUAAGAGAUCGGUUGAUGCGGAAUUUGGAGACGGUAACAGUAUCGUGGAUUGGGUGAGGUCAAAGAUCAAGAGCAAGGAUGGAAAUGACAUUUUGGACAAGAAUGCCGGGGCUUCUCUCGCAUCGGUUAGAGAGGGAAUGUGCAAAUGCUUAGAUGCAUUACUAUGCACUAGCCGGAAUCGGCGCGGACCGCCGUCUAUGAGAGAUGUGAUGUUGAUGCUGCAGGGAGCCAAGCCCAGAGAAAAUUGCUCGGAAGUAUAGUUGGCGGUGAUGUUGUGAUUAGCGUGGGUGAAAAUGAUGAUAUUUCUGUUCAAAAACUACAGUAGAAUGUAAUGGGAUUAACCUUACGAGUUAGUGUUUUUUUUUUUUUUUGUUUUUCUUUUUUGGGGUUAAUUUUCCAAUGGUGGGGAUUGGUAUAGGAGAAGUGAAUUUUCUUUUUCUAUUUUAAUUUUCUUUUUCUAUUUUCAAUGGAAUUUUCUCAA